AUGGAGCUUCACACCCUCUGCGCUAAAAAUGCCGUCAUACGCAAGUUCGCUCUGACCAACAAUGAGUGGCUUGCAAGCGGCAAAGUUGCGAAGAUGCUCGAGCUGUUGCGAAGCUACAUUGCUGAGGGAUCAAGGACUCUGAUUUUCAGCCAGUUCACCAUGGUGCUGGAUAUCUUGGAAGUCGUCUUUGACCAUGAAGAGAUAAAUUACUUUCGACUCGAUGGUAGCACUCGUGUCAACGAACGCCAAGAUCUGAUCAACGAAUUUUCCAAGGAGGGCAACAACACCCCAGUGUUUAUGCUCAGCACCAAAGCUGGCGGCGCUGGUAUCAACCUUGCUUCUGCCAACAAGGUCAUAAUCUUCGACUCGGGCUUCAACCCGCAAGAUGAUAUUCAGGCCGAGAAUCGAGCCCACCGGAUUGGCCAGAAGAAGCCAGUAGAGGUAGUUCGGCUUGUGAGCAAAGGUACUGUUGAGGAGGCUAUCUACAAAAUGGGCUUGACCAAGGUGGAGCUUGAUCAACGAGUUGCUGGGGGCAUGUCCGGGACCAACACCCCUCCGAACGAAGCACAAGAGACUGCAGCCGACCAAGACAAGAAAAUGACUAAGGCAGAGGUAGAAGGCUUGAAGAUGGUGGAGAAUAUGUUCUUCGAAGGGCUCGGAACAUCUGGCCAGAAGGCUGAACCUGGAAUUGAUAAGGACGCUGUGAUGACGACCGAAACCACGGAAGCCGAGGUUACCCCUGACACCGCAAAUGGCGUGGAAGAGGAGGUAGAUGAUGUCGAGAUCGUGGGAGCUGUCGUGAAGCGCGAGGUCUCUGAGCUGCCAGAUCGUCCGAAGCGCACAUGCAGCAAGAUUACGACCGCGUCACAAGGCUCAGGAAAUUCGUCAACGCGGUCUUCGCGAACCAACAGUCGGAGAUGA